GGGUGGGACAUACUGGAAGUCCCGCUCUUUUAGUAGUGAUAGUGACUUCCUUCUACACACAGCCACGUUUUGCCAUUCUUUUUUCAAGCUCUAUCUUACUCUCCAUCUGUCUUUCUGUUUUAGUUAAUGUACUUCUGGAUUUGGUCUGGAAAAGAUCUUUGUUUUUUAUUUAUUCUGCAUGAGUGAUUAGAUGAUUGCUUCCAACAAGAUUCUUUCCUAAAGCGUCAGAUUGUUUAUAAAGCUUGAUCUUGGAUUCGGUCUUUAGAGGAUUGUGUUGUCUAUAGACCAAAAUGGAACCACCGAAAAUGGCAAACGGUCACCAUGAACUCAUGAGCCCUGAAAAGACGGAGAACGGAUUUGAGGACUUGAAAAACAUGACAGAAGCUGAUACGUUUCUUCCCAGUAAUGGAAAGAUAGAGACGAAGUUUACAGAUUUUAAGGGAAAAACUUCUAUGGGUAUGUCUAUUUUCAACCUCAGUAAUGCCAUAAUGGGCAGUGGAAUUCUGGGACUGGCUUAUGCCAUGGCCAACACUGGCAUUAUCCUGUUUGUAAUUCUGUUGAUAAGUAUGGCUCUUCUUUCUGCUUACUCAAUACACCUGCUUCUUAAAAGCGCACAAGUGGUUGGGAUACGUGCAUAUGAACAACUUGGGUACCGUGCUUUUGGUUCACCUGGGAAAGUCGCAGCAGCAUGUGUAAUAACAUUGCAUAACAUUGGAGCAAUGUCCAGUUACCUCUUCAUUGUAAAAAUAGAGUUACCCAAUAUUAUUCUGGGUCUUACUGGGGUGACAGAAGCGUGGUAUGUUGAUGGCAGAUUCCUCAUUAUUAUUGUUAGCAUCUUUGUCAUUCUUCCACUGGCACUAAUGAAACGGCUCGGUUAUCUGGGUUACACCAGUGGCUUCUCCCUCAGCUGUAUGGUGUUUUUUCUCAUUGCUGUAAUCUACAAAAAGUUUGUAGAAAACUGUUCUGAUGAACACCAGAACACCAGCCUUAAUAUUACACUGCUCAACCAAACCAUUCAUUUAAACUCCACCUCUGACACGUGUGAAGCUAAACUCUUUACCCUGAACUCAGAGACUGCGUUUACCAUUCCUAUAAUAGCAUUUGCCUUUGUGUGCCACCCGGAGGUUUUGCCCAUCUACACAGAACUCAAAAAUCCAAACAAGAAGCGCAUGCAACGCGUUGCUAAUUUCUCCAUUUUGGCCAUGUUUGUCAUGUAUCUGCUGACUGCCAUCUUUGGCUAUCUCACCUUCUAUGGAAAUGUGAUGUCAGAACUUUUGGAGAUGUACAGCAAAACAGACAAACUGAUUCUCUGCGUUCGACUGGCUGUUCUGGUGGCAGUGACACUGACCGUCCCCGUCGUCCUGUUCCCGAUCCGCCGUGCUAUCCUUCAGCUCUUGUUUUCUGAUAAGCCCUUCAACUGGUUGCGUCACAUCCUCAUCGCCGUAUGUCUGCUCUUUGCUGUCAACUUGCUUGUCAUCUUCGUGCCCAACAUUCGUGACAUCUUCGGCUUCAUUGGUGCCACAUCAGCUCCCAGUCUCAUCUUUAUUUUGCCGGGAAUAUUCUACCUCCGCAUCGUUCCUGAAGAACAGGAGCCUUUGAAAUCGUGGCCAAAGAUUAAGGCCGCUGCGUUUGUGUUGAUGGGUUUUACCUUCAUGUUAAUGAGCAUCACCUUCAUCAUAGUGGAUUGGGUGACAGGAAAAAAGACCACAGGUGGCCACUGACAGACACAGUAGCGUAUAAAGACCACAUUUUAAUACCACCUGAACCCUCAAUACAUACAAUUUCAUUAAGCAUGACAAAUAUUUGUCUGUGGCACAGUAGAUGUUCACAUACUGUACCCACAACACAAAAGAUUGCUCUCCUAUGGAUUAAGGAUCGAAUUUGGUCUGCAUCAUAUCCUGAUUCAGUGCCUGUCUCUCUUCCAAAUCAUUCCUCUCUCUCAUUUCUGUCAAAAAACUGGACAGGACACAUCCCUUUAAGUCCUUUUUAAAAAAACAUCCACUUCCCUUGAAGGUAUUUAUUUAUAUUUAGGGCUUGGUAACAGUGCCCUAACAGCUGUUCAUUUGUGUGUUAAUCCUAUUACUGUUUGUUAGGGCCGUGUGCAUUUCCUUGUUACAAUGCAAUGCGGCAGUAGCACACAUGCUACUCAUGCAUGGACGCUGGUUUACGUUUGGACAGUGUUGUGAUGCGGACCCAUACUUUAGCUCACUCCCACGGCAAGAAUCUGUUACAUCUUUACUAAAACUUUUAAUAAAAUCCCAAAUACGUAAAAAAGGAAUUGAAAGCUGAUUCUGAGUGCUGUUGUAACAGGCACAUUUUUGAGAACUUCCAAAACUACACAACACUGAAUUACAGGCGUGAAUUCACAAACUGAGAAUUCAGUCAUCAUUGCCAAAGUUGCAAAAAUGUUUGUCUACCUCCCAGUAAAUUAUAAAGUGUCAGCCUGAUUUCUCUUGUGAAACUUGAUGAACUGUGCUAUUGGUGACUUCAUGGCUAUGUAUAUUAUGUUAUUUAAAUGAGAAGUUUGUACAGUUUAAUGAUGAAUUUCUGCAUCCUGUUUCAGGACAAUUUCAAUGAAAAAUAAUUACACUCUAAAAACAAAAAUGCGGCUAAAUAGUACUAAAAGCUUGUAAUCAUAAGGGAAAUCACCAAUGAUGUUGUGUUUACAUGUCCACAGGUUCCAGUUCAGUGCAUAAUAAAAACAUAUUUAUAUAAAAAAAAAAAUUAACUAUAACCAAUAGUUCCUCUAUGAUUACGAGUCAGUGAACCACUUUUAGUGCUAUUUAGCACCAUUUUUUUUGUGUGUAACAUAGAUCUAUGUAUGGUAGUUGGUACACUCAUCAAAAAUGACACUUACUAAAAGUUUAACAGUAUGCACCAGCAGUGUUUAACACAACUUUUAUGUAUUGUGGCAUCGCCAAAUGCCAACUUUUUUGUAGUUUUUCAUCAUUCAAAAAUAAACUUGCUGUUUAUAGGUUGAGAAUGUAAUGUCUGGACACAAUUCUCUAGUAUUCAAAAAAAUUGUUUAGCAUUUGUUGAUAUUGUGUGUCAUUUUGUAUGCUGAUUGGAAAUAUGUUUUUAACACCUUGAAAAUGUAGUAAACUUGUUACACACUUAAAAAUUAUAGGUGUUAUACAAUAGGUUCACUGUAAAAAAUGUCUGUAGAAAUUACAGUAUAACUGGGUAUUACAGUAACUUACUGUAGAUUUUACAUUUAUGUUAUUUACUGGCAACAGUUUGUUCAAAGUUAAAUGAACAUGAAACAUUUUCAGUCUUUAUCUUCUACAGUAAGUUACUGGCAACCAGUUGCAUAAUCACAGCAUUUUUUUGCAGUGUUUACAUGAUGAUGUUUUUUAUAUUAUUGACUUUAAAUUCUGCUUCAGGUUUUUUUUUUUGACCAAACAGUAAUAAAUUCUGGGUAGCACAUUGGGUAAAGGUCACUACAAAAUGGUCAUAGUAUAUACCAAUCUGUUUCUUCUCUUCAAUAUCUGAAAGUUUUUAUCUAGCCGGACUCAAUAAUGGUUCUUGUUGGACUUGUUUUGUAUAGCAAUUGAUGUACAUAUUGUGAUAUGGUAAGAAAAUUAAUUUCAUUGUACAAAUGUUGAACAAAGUUUGUUAUUUUAUGUAUUUACUGUAUUGUACAUUCUUUUCCUGCCACCACUUGAACCGAAUGCAAAGGAAAAAUGAAACCUACUGAAGUGAAACGUGUGGGCAGAUUUUAUAAUUCCCCUAAGAAAAAGUGCCUGAGGUUAAAAAAGAAGAAAAUUUCAAAAUUCGGUGUGGAUGUAUGUUCAGAAAUGUAUGUACAUUGUUCUUUGUUGAAAGAUUAAUAAAAGUUUUAAAAUGA